GACUUAUUGAGGAUUCCAAGAUGGCGGAUUAUGUUCCAGUUGGUGUCGAUCCAUCCACGGUGAAGAAAGGCAAGAAGAAAAAGGGCGGAGAACCGCGGCUGACCCCUGUACAGAAGAACCAACAGGAGGCUAAUCAGCUGUUAAACGUUUUACGAGAACAACUUGAGAAAGCUAAGCAGAGAAAGGAUCAUAAAGUAGCAGACACCCUACGUAAACAGUUAUGGGUGGUUAGAGACAUUGCUCAUGGGGUCAAACCAGACAUGCCAGAUGACUUGUUGAGAGAAGUGAUCAGCGGUCUUCCAUUAGACAUGCCAGGAGAGGAGGGGGUUAAGCAGCAACAAAAUCACCAAGGCCCCACUGUGACCCCAACAGAAAGAAAAAUAAAAAAGCUCAAAGAUAAACUGGAACAGAUUGUGAAGUUGAAAGAAAGACAAGCAAAUGGAGAAAAGCUGGAAGAAAAUCAGGUAAAAAAGAUAGAAAACGAGGAGAGUAUAAAACAGGAACUGGACGAAUUAGAAACAAUUAUGGCUGAUUUGAAAAUUGGUUGAAGUAAAAAACUUUGAAAUAUUUUCGACUUCUGUAUUAAAUACGUAUAAAACUUCUUGAGAGUUAGUGAUGAAAGGAAAUGGCUUGAAACUAUGUGAUUCAAAAUCAGGAAUUUUGAAAGAGGAAUUCAGGGUUGAUAGCCGUCUUUGUUAAGUGCUAGACUUUCAUGAUCAUGUGCUUUUGACAGUUUAGGAUCUUGGCCAUAGAAUGCAUUUGGUGUCGGCAGGUGCUAAGUUGAAGAUAUGUCGCUGGCUCUUUGGAAAUGUGACACUAUGACAGGUAAACUGUAUUUGAAUCCAGCCUUGGAGAACAUAUCAUUAAUCCUUUGACGAGUUAUGAUUAGGGACGUAUAAUUAACCAUACUCCAACUUGGAGCUAAAUCACAAGAAAAAUGUGGGGCGUCUUUUCUUCAGAAAAUUCCCUUCUUUCACUAAUGCUAUCUUUAUAUGACAAUGGGAAUGGAAUACAGCAUGCAUUUCAUGAUAUUUGUAAUUUUUCUAGUAAUUGAAUUAUAUACAAAGAAAACACUCUUGUUUCAUAAUAAAGGAAUGAUACAUAUG